UUCUCUUUCUACAAACCUGGCAACCCAGAUCAGACGCGUAGCGAUGACGUCAAAACGACGCGACUCGAAACCGGUGGUAAACUCUCCAGGAACCAACGUGACUUGUCUUUGUAAAUCGAUAGUUAAAGUGGAUAUUUGUAUUUUUUCAUAAGUAACCGGACAGACUGAAUAUUAUCGGGAGCAACAUGAGUUCGUCCAUGCCUCAGAAGCGUUACUACAGACAGAGAGCCCAUUCAAACCCGAUGGCUCACCACACGUUUGAUUACCCGGUGUGUCCUGAGGAGAUGGACUGGUCCAAGCUGUAUACAGACUUCUUUACCAGCAACCCGCCUGAGAAAGGGACGCCACAAGUUGAGUUUGCAGACAUUGGAUGUGGAUACGGCGGGCUUUUAGUGGAGUUAUCUCCACUUUUCCCAGAUAAGCUCAUCCUGGGCAUGGAAAUCCGGGUAAAAGUGUCUGAUUAUGUUCAGGAUCGUAUCCAGUCACUGCGUGCGUCGGAACCAGGAAGCUACCAGAACAUUGCCUGCCUUCGCAGCAAUGCGAUGAAGUACCUCCCCAAUUUCUUUUCCAAAGGACAGCUCAGUAAGAUGUUCUUCCUCUUUCCUGACCCUCACUUUAAGAAGACCAAGCACAAAUGGAGGAUCAUUAGCCCCACAUUGCUGGCAGAGUAUGCCUAUACACUAAGAAUUGGGGGUUUGGUGUAUACCAUCACAGAUGUAGAGGAGGUCCACCUCUGGAUGGUGAAGCACUUCAGUGAACAUCCACUAUUUACACGUGUCCCUGAUGAAGAACUGGUCGAUGAUGUCAUCAUAAAUCGCUUGGGUACCUGUACAGAGGAAGGAAAGAAAGUGCAGAGAAAUGGAGGAAAGAAUUUCCUCGCAAUUUUCCGGAGGAUUGAGGAUUCAAAUGAAGACCAAACAAGUAUGGACACGCGAUAAACUUUAAUAAUGGUCUUAUGUAGACAUUCAUACAUGAACAACACGCAGGACGAUGCUGCUCUGUUGCCCUGAAGGCUGUGGCUUAUUCACACUGCAGAUGAACAGAGAUGGGUUUUUUCUGGUAUGGAAAAAGAGUUACAUCAUCACUUGAUUCAGGUUUUGUUUUUCACAUGUUUUAUGAACUUUAUUC